AUGCAGGAAGACCAACAAAACACAGAAGGUGGCGAACAGCUAUAUGAGUGUCCAAUGUGCAGUCUUACCUGUACAAACAUUCAGAUUCUUGAAGAACAUGUGGAUUUGCAUUUAGAGGAACAUAGCUUUUCGGAAGGCGGAAACGUAAGAGAUCUAGAACUGGCUCAAUGGCUCCAAAUCGAAGAAGAUAAAUGGCAGAGAGAAGAAGAAGAGAAGCAAGAGAGGGAAGAAUUUAAAAAGCUGCAGAGACAGUAUGGCUUGGAUAAUUCUGGAGGCUACAGGCAGCAAUUCCUAAAGAAUAUGGAAAGGGAAGUUGAUAGAGGAAGGAUGCAGCCUUUUGAAUAUCACAAGAGAAAAGCUGACUUGAUGGAAUGUUUAGCUUUUGGUAUAGAUGAUGGGAAAACAAAGACCUCAGAAGUCAUCGAAGCAUUGUGCAAGUACUACCAGAACGAGAACAAAGAUGUGAGGCAUGUAUGGCUUUCAAGAGGAGUAGAUCACUUCCACUCAUCUCUGGGCGACAGAGGCUGGGGUUGUGGUUACAGGAAUUUCCAAAUGCUCGUUUCCUCACUGUUGCAAAACAGCUUGUAUAAUGACUGCUUGAGAGGUACUACACUAAUUCCUAGUAUACCAAAGAUUCAGUCCAUGAUUGAAGAUGCCUGGAGAGAAGGCUUUGAUCCUCAUGGGGCAUCUCACUUCAAUAACAGAUUACAUGGUUCCAAAGCAUGGAUAGGAGCAUGUGAAAUUUAUUCACUGUUAACCAGUCUCAGGAUAAAGUGUCAAAUCAUUGACUUUCACAAACCGACUGGCCCUGUGGGUACACACCCUCGUUUAUUCGAGUGGGUUUUGCGUUACUAUUCUACAGAUAAUGAAGGUGGUGCAAAGGUAGUCUGUACUUCCAAACCACCUAUCUACUUGCAACAUCAAGGUCAUAGUCGUACUGUUGUUGGAAUAGAAGAGAAGAAGAAUAAAACCUUAUGUUUGCUACUGUUUGAUCCGGGAUGUUCUUCCCAAGAAAUGCAGAAACUGCUAAAACAAACCAGUGAUGGUACUAGUCUCAAACUACUUCGGAAAUUUGUGGGCAGCUUAAAAGAAAAGCAAUACCAGAUAGUGGCUGUAGAUGGUGUACUCUCAUUGGAAGAGAAAGCUGCUCGCUGUCAUGCUUCUCGGGUCUUAACAUCAGAGAAGAUUCCUUAA